AUGGGAACUUUUUCAGAAUGGCGCAAGCUAUCAGUGGGCUUGUCUGAGUUGUGCAUCAACACGACUCUGCGCUGUGGCCAAUCCUUUCGAUGGCAAAACAUUCCUGAGACAGGAGAGUGGCGGUGUGUUCUUUAUGGGACUUUGGUCUCAUUACGACAGGACUCAGAAUACCUGUAUUAUCGCACCUGUCAAUCAAAGUCUCCGUCUAUUUUACCUACGCCCCCAGCCUCGAAACUUCCCUCGCGUGCGCAAUCCGAUACGAACGAUGACAGCAAAGAUGACCAUAUUGUCCGCGUUUUGAAGCACUACUUGAACCUUUCUCCUAACCUGACUGAACUCUACGCACAAUGGUCUGCUCAAGAUCCCAAUUUCAAGAAGAAAGCCACUCAAUUCUCCGGCAUUCGGAUAUUACGCCAGGACCCUUGGGAGGCACUCGUAUCGUUCAUUUGCAGCAGCAACAAUAACAUUUCUCGGAUCUCACAAAUGGUUGAGAAAAUUUGCCUUAACUAUGGCCCAUUUGUGGCCAAAGUGGAUGGGCGCGCCUAUCAUGAUUUUCCAACUCCAGAGGCAUUGACUGGCAAGGAUCUUGAACACCAACUUCGCGGUCUAGGCUUUGGAUAUCGAGCUAAAUACAUUUACAAUACAUCCGUUAUGGUCUUCAAAGAAGAAAAAGGGUGGCUGAACAGCUUAUGCAACCCGGAGUCGCCUGCAUAUGGAUUGGAGGCGGCCGUUGGUGAUGAAAUGCGACCAGAAGGAAGACAGGGCUAUCUUGAUGCCCACGAGAAACUACUUUCACUGCAGGGUGUUGGGCCGAAAGUAGCAGACUGUGUCUGUUUAUUUGGUUUAGGUUGGGGUGAAUCUGUUCCGGUGGACACGCAUGUAUGGCAAAUUGCCCAGCGUGACUAUCGCUUUGGCAAAGGCUCUCACAAAUCUUUGAACAAGGCCACAUCUGAUGCUAUCGCAAACCACUUUCGGAAACUUUGGGGACAGGAAGCUGGUUGGGCACAUAGUGUGCUCUUUACUGCAGACUUGCGAUCGUUCUCGGAUCGACUUGCAGCAACUAAGAAGGUGGAUUUAUCUGUGAAAGAAGACAACGAUGAAGACGUAAAGAUCAAGACCGAGGUCACCACCACUGUGACUUUGGCAGCUGUGAAAGAAGAGCCAGCACUGAAGGAAGAGACUGGCGACAUUAAAUUGGAAGACUCAGAAAGCAAGCUGGUUCCGACAGUCCCAAGAAGAAAGCGCAAGGAGGUCACAGACACGCUUGUACUUGCUGCUCAAACGACAGAGACUCGGAGAGUGUCCAAGAGACUCCGCCAGUAA